AAGGACUCUUGAAUGUAAGUUAAAUAAGAAAAUAAAGUUCAACGGGUGGAUCAUAUGCUCGCUUAGUUUCUGAACGAAAAUCAGACAUUUUCAUUUCGUAGGUAAAUAAAUCAGACUUACGAACAUUGUAUUAUUUUCAUCGUAACGACUCCUUCCGCAUCAUCAAUCGCAAAAAACCAGUAAAACAUAAACCUUCCAAGUGACUCCUACAUAAACAUAGUGAUUAGCAUUGUAUUAGUGAUUGAAAUCAACUAGUGAAUUUGCACUAAAUAGUUAUGGAUCAAGAGAGGCCAGAAAGCAGUUCGAACCAUGGAAAGAGGACACGACCUUUGUUACUUCAACCAAGUCCGAAGAUCGCUAGAGUGUCAGCGUACGCGAGCUCAACGUCUAGUGGGGUCUUAAAGAACUCCAAAAAGUUCGGUCCCCACUCGCCGAAGAGGGCUAAAGUAUCGUAUAACAGGAAUGAUGUGCCAGCACCUGGAACGCCAGUUCCUGACAAGCUGGUUCGUAAGGCGGGUCCAUACCUCCUUGGUCCUAAACUCGGGCCGAGUCCUGUGAAAAGCAUAGUGCAGUGCUUGGCUAGGAAGGAAAGAACAGAUGAGUUUUACCAGGUGAAGAUUUUAACCCUAAGAAAUGAAGGGCAGCCAGAAACCCAAGAUGAUAGACAAGGCAAGAUGCUGCUGCAUACUGAAUAUUCUUUACUGUCCUUAUUGAAGGACCAAGAUGGGGUAAUUCACCACCACGGAUUGUAUAAGGACCAUGCAUUAGAAGAAGUGCCUAAUCCAAACGGCAACGGUUUUAUCUACACGGGCCGGGUUCGACAGCGUCUCUUCCUAGUACUGGAUUGCGUCAGUUCUCACCAGUUCAGUGAGAAAGGAUCAGAGCUGGUCAACCUUCAGCAGUACGUUACUAAAGUCAAGAAGGUGCCGGAGAAAGAGGCUAUACUGAUAUUCUAUGAUAUUGUGAGGGUUGUCGCUAAUUUGCAUAAGAGGAAUAUUGUGCAUAGGGACUUGAAGUUGGGCAAUAUAGUGCUGAAUCAACGGACAGGCCGGGUUAUCAUCACCAACUUCUGUUUGGGCACCCAUCUCGGUAGUGACCGGGACCUUUUGAAGGAUCAGAGAGGAUCACCAGCCUACAUCUCCCCAGACGUGUUACUCUGCAAGCCUUACCUAGGCAAGCCGUCGGACAUGUGGGCUCUAGGCGUUGUCUUGUACACCAUGCUUUACGGACAGUUCCCAUUCUGCGAUACCAGUCUAGCACAACUGUUUAGCAGGAUACAGGCUGCUAAUUAUAAUAUACCACCAGAUGGCAACUCUGUGCAAGUGUCCGACAACACUGUGUUCCUAAUACAAAGGUUGCUGGUCAAAGAUCCCAAACAUAGACUAAUGGCUGAUGAGGUACUAGACCAGCUUUCUAGCAUUAUAGCAAGCUACGUCACCAUUCCAAACCCGCCCGAAGAUUUACAAGUAGUUCCCGAUGUACCUUUAGAGGAAGAAAAUAAAGAGAAAUCGCCGAAUACCGUCCAGUCUUCUAGUGAAGUGGAUAGGAAACCCUUUCUCAAUAUACCUGACACUCAUAUUGAGAGGCCGCCUAAUCCUGCGGAUGAACUGGGCGUAUUCUGCGUGCCUCUACCAGACUUCCUCGCUCUAAACUUCCCAUCACCCACCCGAGUGAACCAAAACAGCAUCAUCAUCCAUCCCACCCACACAGCCGUUGAUUCUUCAUCCAUCACAUCCCCCAACCAGCAAAACCAGCGACAAAUCACCGUUCAGAGAAUCGGAAGGGAUGCCCGACCACUUCUGCCCUGCGAAAUAGCCAGGUACCAACAUAUGUUUGCUUCCAACCAACCUUCGCGACCAGAACCAAAUCGCAGACCAGAUGCACCCAAUUUCGUCCCCGAAACAAGACAAGAAAGACCACAGAAUUCCAGACUUCACAGCUUAGCACAACGCAUUCCGAGACUCAACCCUAUAGCGACCACUUCGGGACAAAAUUCUGCAGAUUUCAGAGUUAUACAGUGGUCCGAAUCUCGGUCUAGGGGUUGGGACAACGAUUACGUGUUACGAUUGCCGGUUCUAGAUCUUUCUAGAGUGAAUGGGAAUAGGAUUAUGAAUCCGGCGCCUGUUCAUACGAUUAAUUCGGAAGCUGUGGUUAAUCACCCGAGGCCUCACGUUGACCCUUCCGACGUUGAUUAAAACCUCUUUAGAGUAAUAGACAGAUUAAAAAAAAUUGGUAAGUGUAGCAACCCAAGUAUAUUUUAUGUCUAUGGAAAAUUUUCUAAUUUGAUAUUUUGUUUCACAUGUAUUCUAGAAAGAUACUUAAGUAUGGAUCUAGAAUUUUUUUUAAUCAAUCAAAUGAUUUUACGAAAUUAUUUGUUCUUGAGUUUAAUUUUAGACUAAAGGCCUAAGUAUGUAUGCAGAUAGAUUCUAAUUACUUUUGUAGCUAUGUGUUUAAUCUAUGAUCAAUGUGUUGAUGGUAUAGCUAAGGUCGAGACACCGAGUUUUUGAACAACCAAUAGAAUUUAUUUAUUCAAACAAAUGGUCUCUGCCCACUCAGACCUAUACCCGAGUAGAGGAAUCCUAUUGGUUGUUUAAAAACUUGCCUUUUCGGCUCUGGGAGUCUGGGCCCAGUUGUUAUUUAAUAAGUGCUCAACUGAAUAUAAAUGUCUAUGUAAUCAUGAAAGAAGUGACUUAAUGCCUGCCAAAAACGAACAAGACUUCAUUGAUUUGAUUCGAUAUAUGCCAAUUGUAUGUUUUAUUUUCUAAAACCACAAAUAAAUUUCCGUGGAGAUCGGCCGACGCAAACAUUAAAAAAAAAUUAAGAAAAUAUUGUAUUGCUAAUUACUGGCUGAAACCAAUUUAUUUUACUGCCAAAACAAAUGAAACACGAAAAGACUUUGUUGCAAUGGCCCUAGAGUCCUUUUUUAUUUGGCAGUAAGUUUGUCUUAGCGAGGCAAUUGAAUUUAGUUUUGCAGUAUGAACGGAAUUUAAUAUCUGUUACGAUUUCCUUCUUUAUAAUCGUUUAAGUCUGAUACUUGUAAAUUAGCACUGUAUUAAUUUUAAGUAUAUUUGUUUAAAAUUAAGCAAAAUAGUUUGUGGGUUGCAAAAGUAAGGAUAUAAGUAUUGUACAACAAUAUUUAUAUUUACAACCACAUAAAAAGUGGAAUAUGAUUGUAUAGUUCGUGCCAAACUUAAUGUCGGUUCGCGACUGUCUUCUGCCAUUAAGAUUGGCGCAAAUUACACUAUACCCUAUUCACGGAGCCAUGAGCCAAAUGGUAAACAAACCAUAAAAAGGGUUCUUUAUAAGUCACAUUUGAAGUAGUGAACAUAUUUUAUAAAAAUAACUACGCAAGUAAUACACUGACAACAUUAAAAAUGAUAUUUUAGAACGAUGUCUGUAGGACUUAUGUAAUCCUUUCAGAAUUAUUUGAAAUCAAAUAUAAUAAAUGCCGUAAAUUAU